AGAGUUUUGGGGGAGGAGUCUGGACUUGGAGAACAGUGCAGAACCCAGGGCAGGGGCAGCAGCCUGUCAGGUUUUUCCCACCACCAUGUGUCCUGCGCUUCAAACAGACAUGAAACCAGAGCUCCUAACAGACCCUUAUGAGAGCUUCAUGCAACGUCACCUGAGAUAUUACGGGUAUUUUAAAGAAAAUAAAGCAAAAGAAGACAAUAUUUUAUUGCGUCCAGCACAAAGGAACAGAAUAAAAGAACAAGAGGCUACAGACAGUGAUUCUGACAGACAGUCUUCUCUGGAUGAUCAGAAAAAUCUGAUUUACUCGCUGCUUCUGGAAAGUGCUGUUUUUAAGAGUAGGCAGAUUGUGUUUGAUAAUCAAGAGGGACAGGCCAUCCCCCGUCUCAGUGAACCCAGAGAUUUAUUUUCUACCUCCAAAAAGAAUGGUCUCCUAAAACCUCCGCGCUGGCCUACUGAGUGUGAAGUGAUUCCCGAAAAGAUUAGUCAUGUUGAGUGGGAACCCCCACGUCCAGAGCCAUUUUACAGACACACGGGGAAGGAAGCAAUGCCAUACGUUUCCUUUGAGGGGGAAGGCAAAGUGGUAUAUGAAAUCAGACAAGCUUACAUGGGCUCCUACUUUACUGGAUCUCGUGCUGGGGGACGUCGUUGCGCCACUAAUGCACCAUUAAAUAUGGAUGGGAAAAACAACAAUGAUUUGCAGUUUGAAUCCAGAUUUGAAAGCGGUAAUCUCCAGAAAGUUGUCAACAUAGGAGCACAUGAGUAUGAAUUGACGCUACGCACUGACCUUUAUACCAGCAAGCACACUCAAUGGUUCUACUUCCAAGUAAAGAACACCAGGAGGGGCAUUCCUUAUCGUUUCACCAUCACUAAUCUGAUGAAAAGAAGUAGUCUUUACAAUACAGGACUGAAGCCCUUGAUGUACUCCGAGCAUGAUGCUGCACUACGUGGGGAAGGAUGGAGAAGGGAAGGGGGAGAUAUAAAGUACUAUAGGAGUUCUCGUUCCUCAGAAGGUGCCAGUCUCUACUGUUUAACAUGGACGUUCGAGUUCCCACAUGACAAUGAUACAUGUUACUUUGCUCAUUGCUAUCCGUACACAUAUUCUGAUCUGAAUAGGGAUCUUCAGAGGUGGACUUGUGACCCUGCACGUUCACAAUAUUGUAAGCUCAGGCACUUGUGUAGAAGUCUAGCUGGUAACACUGUCUUCUUGCUGACUAUAACUUCACCCUCUAUAAAUCCUGCAUUGGCAGUCAGUAAGAAAGCUGUGGUGGUGACGGCAAGGGUACAUCCUGGAGAAACUAAUGGCUCAUGGAUGAUGAAAGGUUUUCUGGACUUCAUUCUGAGUGACUCUCCCGAUGCUCAACUACUCAGGGACACAUUUAUCUUUAAAGUCAUCCCCAUGCUGAACCCUGAUGGGGUGAUUGUUGGAAACUACCGCUGCUCUCUGUCUGGGAGGGACCUAAAUAGAAACUAUAAAAGUAUGCUGAAAGAUUCCUUCCCAUGUAUAUGGCACACUAGGGCUAUGGUUAAAAGGCUUCUAGCAGAGAGAGAAAUACUUCUAUACUGCGAUUUUCAUGGGCACAGUCGUAAGAACAAUGUGUUCAUGUAUGGCUGUAACAACAAAGGAGAACCGGAGUCGAAGUUACAUGAGAGAGUCUUCCCUCUGAUGCUGAGCAAAAAUGCCCCUGACAAGUUUGUUUUUAAAGGGUGUAAAUUCAAAGUGCAGAAAAGCAAAGAAGGAACAGGCCGAAUUGUGAUGUGGAGGCAUGGCAUCAGAAACAGCUACACCAUGGAGUCCACAUUCUGUGGCUCUACGCUUGGUGACAGAAAGAACACUCAUUUUACAACCGGAGACCUCGAGUCAAUGGGUCACCACUUUUGUGACACACUGCUGGACUACUGCGAUCCUGACACCACUAAGUUCAAGGUCUGCUUGUCGGAGAUCCAUGCCUUUGUGCGGGAGGAAAUUAAAGAGAAGUUGAAACGUCUUGGACGAGAUGUUGAUUCAGACGUAAACUUGAGUGACAUCUCAUUAUCAGACAUUGAGUCAAGCACCAGUGGAUCCAAUAGUUCUGAAUCUGAUGGACUACCUGCACAUUUACUGCACAUAGCCAAUAAGUUUUGUCAGAAGAAAAAACGAUUGCGGUCACGUAAGGAGAGGAACCACAUGUAUCAGAAACGUAGUUCAAAACACAAGCUUAAGUCACGUGACAAUGCGGACAUUUCUGAGGCACCAAACCAAACCGCCAAAUCCACCAACUCAAAAAAUUCUGGUAAAGUUGAUGUAGAGAAAAAGAAACUAAAGACUAAGUCAAAUGAAAGCUCUUUGUCGCAAUCUGAUGUGGUGCAGACAUCUACAGUGCAAGCGGCAGAAAAAUCCAGUGAGAAACCUAUCCUGUCCUAUGCCCGCAAGCCAGAUUCUGUCUCUGUAAAGACCCAGCUUAUCAAUAGACUCCCAACCUCCUUUGUAGGAGACUUUUCCUCCGUUGACCAUGUCUGUCCCCGUCAUGCUACAGUAAAGUCCCGCGAGCCUGCUGCUGGAAAUCGUUUUCCUCUCAUUAUAACGGUCAUCCAGAGAGCCAGCUUACCCCCGUACUCCAAAGACUCCUCUCCUAUCAAACAGCACCCUCCACCUUUCCAUGCCAUGCUUGAUUUCAGCAAUGACCGAAGCCAUGUGUCUGAUCAUAUUCUGAAACGAGAAAAGUCCUUUACGUCUCGACCUCUCGUACCAGCUGUGGGAACUAAGCCAUAUAGCUUUGCAACAACUGAGAAACAGAAGCACUUAGAAACUUCUACAGUUGAUCUGCAGCUGAGCCUCAGCCCUACAGGCCGGAAGAACAGCCGGGUGCGUCAGGGAUCACUUAUUGCUCUGGUGACUUCAGAUUAUUUGGAUAACCUCCUGUUAAAACCAAAGAAGGAUGCUUCACAGUCUGUACAAUCAUUGCCAAUUUUAAGGAAGUCUGACUCUUUCAGCAUGCAAGCCUCAGAAGACAUAGCAUUUUCCAAGAUGGCGGUGCCCUCCAAGAGCUACGUGCAACCUCUGGACCACACCGCAGUGCAGACAGCAGCUGGGUUGAACAUGAGCAAGAGGACGGAAAGUGGAGACCACCAGAAGCUGGGACACAGUGCAGUUGAAAAGCUGCAGGUAAACAUAAAAAAAGAGGGAGAAAACUCUCUGCAGGGUUCCCUUAAGAAAAAAGGAGGGAGAAGAUCACCAACAGCAAAUCCCACUGUGCGGCAGGACAGAAAUAAAUACAGUGGGCUGGGGGUGAUCGCCCUCUUUUUUAGGGUUGAUUGAUUGAUUGAUUUAUUAAUAUUAGUUAUUACUUGGGAUCAUCUAGUUAACCGACAGCAGCUAGUUGUAAAAUGGAGAAAUAUAAAGUUAUGCAGGUGAUUUCUGGUUGGAAAUUAGUUGUCACACGAUGGAGUCCUGCCCUGGCAGCUAACACCUGUGACUUAAUAGAUGUUAAACUGUCACCCCAGCAUCCCCUAACCUACCACUGCCAUAAAAUUCCAAAGUUUGUAGUUUUGCAAAAGCUAGAGAGUCUCACAUUUUGGAGAUCACAAGUGUAAUUAUGGAUUCACCUGCAGUAGAUUAUGUUGCCUAAAUUUUUGCAUCUGUUUAAAACAUAUUUGUACUUUUAAUAGAGUUUUAAGAACCAGCAUGGUUGUGUUGCAUUAACCAUUUAGAGGUGACAAAGUGAUUUUUUGGCUUUUCCUGCUGUUAUUGAGCCCCUGAGCACUCCCUCCCUGGUGCACAGCUAAUUCUCAUUAUCU